AUGAUAUUGGUGAUUAGAAUGAAAAGACAACGGUAUGAGGGUCGAAUAUUUAGAGUACCACAAUAUGUUAAAAAUGGGGCACUUCUCUUGACAGCUUUUGUUGCGUGGCAUUUCGCUGGAGUGGCAUAUUACAAAUAUGUUAGUGGAAGGGGCCAGGAAAAGUUGAGAUUAGAGGGCGUCCCUGAACACGAGAUUACCGACAAAAAGGGAUACCAAAGAGUAGCACACUUUGAUGGUGAAAAAGUUUGGAAAUUGCAGUUUAGGACUGUGAUAGGUGAUAAGAAUAAAACAGACGGAAAACGGGAGUAUCAGGAGUGAAAAUUCGUCCAACAUCCGAAUGCAAGUGGAUAGAUAUCGAACACAAGACUGAUGUACAUUGUAUUUACGGUAUACAUGCAGAAAAACACUACCGAUAUGCAUGUUGUGACAGGACACUCUUUAUACAUAUUUUUUGUCUGACAUAAUUUUCAUCAAUGAGAUGUGUGUAUAAAAUGUCUAGAAUGUUUUCUGUCUCAAUUGCAUUGUGUCUCUCUCUUUGAACAAAUUCAAAGAGACUCGAGAAAUCGUUUAGUAGGACAUACAUCCUUCUUCACCCAUACAAGAUUGCCAAAUUAUUCUGUUAUCACCACAUGGGCUAAGCCCAUUUUGGGCUCGAACCCUGUGAUCACAGAGUUCGGCCCAAAAUGGGCUUAGCCCCUGUGGGUAUCACAUGAUGAGAUUGUUCUAGGUGAAUGAACAUGAGUGUAAGCAGGGUUUGCUAUUAUUAAAAUACCCAAUGUUUGGAACUGUGUUGAAGCAAUAAAGAUGUGAUGGAAACAUUUUCUUUAUGAAUGACCUAAAAUUUGCAGGGUGUUUUACCACAUGUGUGAAAUAAACCUUAUUUCCAAACUU